CGCGCAUGCUCCAAGCGCGGCGCCCCCGAUUCGGCGCUCGGCAGUGUUCGGGCAUUUCCGCCUCUUUGUUUUAAACUCCGGACGGCUUUUUUCUCCUCCUCUUGGGGGGGACCCGGAGGGAGCGGCGCCCCCUCCCCUUCCUGGCGAGCCCCCGCGUGCGCCCGCUCGCCCGCCGCUCGAGACGCAGCAAACUCCACACACAGUAAGAAGCCUGCAAAUAGUGGAAAGGUAUCUGCAGACCUCCUUGGAGCCACUGCUUCCUACCCAGGCUUCACGAUGUAGCCAAGACUCCAGGCUCUCAUUCACAGAAAAUGGAAAAAGAGCAAGGGCCAGAAAGAAGGUGCAGAAGUAAGCCUGAGUACAGAGUGAGAAGGGAUCAUCGCAUCCUUGUGGUGGCCUGAAGCCCCCAUGCCACGGCGUGAGGAGGGAUCCGCAGUCGUCCAGAGUUGAAGCCAAAGAUGUUGACCAGGAAGAUUAAGCUCUGGGACAUAAAUGCCCACAUCACCUGCCGCCUGUGCAGCGGCUACCUCAUUGAUGCAACCACAGUGACCGAGUGUCUGCACACAUUCUGCAGGAGCUGCCUGGUAAAGUACCUAGAAGAGAACAACACUUGUCCCACGUGCAGGAUUGUGAUCCAUCAGAGCCACCCACUGCAGUACAUUGGUCAUGACAGGACCAUGCAGGACAUCGUUUACAAGCUGGUUCCAGGCCUCCAAGAAGCGGAAAUGAGGAAACAGAGGGAAUUCUAUCACAAGCUGGGCAUGGAGGUGCCAGGAGACAUAAAAGGGGAGGCGUGUUCUGCAAAACAACACUUAGAUACCCGGAAUGGUGAAACCAAAGCAGAUGACAGUUCAAACAAAGAAACAACAGAAGAGAAACAGGAAGAGGAUAACGAUUACCACAGGAGUGAUGAGCAGGUGAGCAUCUGUCUGGAAUGCAACAGCAGCAAACUUCGGGGCCUGAAGCGGAAGUGGAUUCGUUGCUCGGCUCAGGCAACAGUCCUGCACCUGAAGAAGUUCAUCGCCAAGAAGCUCAAUCUCUCCUCCUUCAAUGAGCUGGACAUUUUAUGCAAUGAAGAAAUCUUGGGCAAGGACCACACCCUCAAGUUCGUGGUUGUCACCAGGUGGAGAUUCAAGAAGGCGCCUCUCUUGCUGCACUACAGACCCAAGAUGGACUUGCUGUGACCCGGCCAGUCUCAGCUGCACCCUGGGCUCCACGUGGUGACUCGGCUAUGGAAUGCCACCUCUUGGGUGUCAUGCGGACCAGAUUUCUGAAUAGAGAAUAUUUAUAACUUUUGUAUGAGAGAAUCCACACCCAAGACACUACCAGCACGCGUUUACAGAGGAUGGAAACACUUCGCAGUUCUGUGUGACCAAGUGCACUCGUCUCUGCUUCAGGUCCCCAGGCCAGAGAACGAGUGCAGUGCAGUGCAGUGCAGUGCAGUGCGCGUCCUGCCACCUCCAACCCAGCACCUUCGCCUGCUGUUCAGGUCACGAAAUCUUGAGUUCAUUUUGGUUUAUGUCAUGGAUUGGGUUUCUUGAUAAGCCUCCAAAACAUUUGUACUUUUAUCGCAUCCUUCCUAAGUUAUUGAAAAAGCCUUUUCAUGGUAAAUAAUAUUUAUGUUGCCUUUAGCUUCCUGAGACUUAAAAGAUAUAUAAAAAUUUAAUUUAAAAGCAUACCCAAAGAGGCUUGUGGUAAUACUAUGAUUUAACCAUGGUGAUUAAUUUCCACCUUGUAGAAUACAGCAGAGGUCUGUGCUGUGUCCUGGGCUGGCCUGAGCAGGCCAGGUGAGGCAGGGCUCCUUUGUCACCCCAGACUUGACACUUGACAAGAUUCCAGCACACUCAGCAGGGUAGACCAGGGCUGGUUUGGCCAGAAUAGAGCUGACUUGCAGAAGAGUUCUUGUUUUAGAAAUUGCUUUUGUUGAAAAGGGCCCAAAUGACUGGUGCCAUCAUCUGUGUUCAUAGCUUCCCUUUCUGUUUUUGUUCUGCUGGUGAGCCAUGGCAGUGGCUGUGGGGUGCAUGCAGAUGGCGCCUAGCCUGUGGGCACUGGCUGGUGAAGGCAACGGUGCCAUCGACAUGUUGCCAGCCUUGCCCUCCUGCCCGUGAGGGUGGUGUGUGAGGUUUGUGGCUCUGGAAUUGAUAAAGGUGGUGCUAAGCCGAGUUGUGGGACUGGGCCAGGCAGGCCAAGCUAGUUGGCUCUGCCCAGAAGUUGCUUUUUAGUCUCAGGCAAGAGACCCUUUGUUAAGCCCUCUUGCCUCCCAAAUGCAAUGUGUUUUGUUUUUUAAAUUAAAUUAGAGGAUAAAAUCUUUGCCACCACAUGAACAUUUGUUCCCUUAUGGCAGAAACGGUGUGGAGGCAGGAGUGAGAAGAGGCUCUUUUCUGUGGUGGUUGGAGUCCUGUGGGAAGCUGCGCUGAGCACUACUUCGUGAUGAGCUGUGGGCUCACUUCUUUCCUUCCUUCCCCAGGCCCUCGGUAGAUGGACGGUCCCUAGUAGGUCCACUAAGCCACUGCCCACCAGCCCUUGCCGGGUAGGCAAAGGGUCCCAACAUGUCCAUGAAUCUUCACCUUAAUCACUAGAAUUUCUUCUCCAUUUGCUUUAAAAGUUGAGAUUGGGCUUGCUGACAGCUAGUUUUGUUUCCUUUUUGUCUCCUGUUCCCAUACACAAAAUGUUAGAAGCAGCAACUGGUGAAACUUAAUGUCAGUGAUGAGGAAAUGUCCAAAUUAACUCAUCCAAGCAAUCUUUAAUGUGAGGCCUUUCUUAAAACAAAAACAAGCUCUUUGUUAGUAAUUGGUCAAAAUUCACCUCUUUAUUUAAGCCCAGGAUUCUGAAUUACUCAGUUUCCUGAGCUUGCUAUUCAUCCAAAUCGUUUCUAGAGUUACUUACUAUAUAAGGGUUUAUGAGUAAAUAUUACCUGUCUACCUCAAAACACAUGACACUGCUGAAGUACCCAGCAGGACCCUGUUCUCACCGUGCAGCUGACGUGUACUGUUAGGGUUAGGUGUUUUCUGUGUGGUGAAACUAAAAAAGGGUUAAACAGGUAGGAGCCUCCAAAUUCAAAUAAAGAUAAUUUACAGUUCAGAUCAAAUAUAGUAUGGCUGUGUAAUCUCAUGACAUACAUUUGUAACUUUGUAGCUACCUUUGGAAUCACUUGACUUUGCUAUGGUGCUAAGUUGAUAAGUCUAAGUUGUACAGCAAUGCAGACGUCCAGGCUGGGCGCUGCCUCCCACAGCCCUGCUUCUGUCACCAUGUAAACCUGAUAAACCUCAGCAGCAAAAGUACCUAUUUUUCUAAGAUUCCAUCACACACCAGCUGCACUGCAGGUGUCUCCCGGUGCCCUCUGCCCUUUGGUCUGACCUGUAGCCUUACCGUGCUUGGAGACAAGCAGAGUGAACCUGUGUCUGAUGGAAGCUUCAGGCCGCCUCCUUUCACCCCUGCCGAGCUCCAUGUGACAUCAAAGGCCGAAUUUGCUUUUCCAGCAUGAAUUCCGGGAUCAGCUAGUGACUGGUCCUGUUGAGUUUCCCAGCAGGCCUAGCUCCUUCGAAGUCGUUUUCACAGCUGCCGCACAGGGAACCAGGUGCUGUCAGAGGACUUUUUGCAGCGGCGGCAGCAGCAACGGGACCAGCCUCCCAGCACUGGGUCUCGCCAGACACCAUUUUCACGAAGAUAGAACUCAGAUAGAAUAUAUAAUAUUGAAUUUAAGAUUUGGGGGGUUAAAAAAAGAAAACUUAACUUUAUAAAAUUAUUUAUUCUAUUUUAAGCCUUCUAUCAUAUUUUCCCAUCCAAUCGUUUGGUUUCCAUGGUCCAGCUUUAUUUACAGGCAUAUAAAAUGAAAUUGUGAGAUGUUUUGCAAGCUUCUUUUACUUUGUGUAGCCUUCAAUUCAUAUGUUUUUAUAGGGAUGAAGAGCAUUUUUAUGCUUUUGUGCAAUAGGUUCCAACAUGCAUUUAUUAGAUGUGUUUUAAUUGUGAUCUAGCAUCAAUUCUACUAAACUGAAAGGGAAUAUAGGUGGAAUUUCAAAUUAUGUGUAUUCAGCUGUUUGGUUUUUCCUUUUUCAUUGUUGUUGUUAUAAGAAUGCUGUUAUUGGGCCUGUGUGCGUGUGUGUGCAUGAAUACUUGCCAGCAAUAUCCUAAAAUGAGCAGCCAGGCAGGAAGUGAUGAGGUUGUCAACUUGUGUCCACCUAUGCCCAACCCAGGUCCUGGUGCCCUGAGCCUGUGUGCUCAUAGCCAGGCCACCUUGGAGGUUGGGACCACAUGGGCUCAGCCCACAAACCUGGUGGCCUUCCCUUCAUGGCUAGCUGGCUUGAAGCCUGGCUUUGUGUCAGUCUUUGGAGAUUGGUUUCUUUUCUGGGGGCAUUGUUCUAGAAACAAACCAACAGAUUUCUACAUUGUAUGUAGAUAUUGAAUGUGCUCCCAAAACAUUAAAAAUAAAUUGAGUGCAGAUAGCUAAAUCAUACAGAAUAACCUGUUUCUCUGUUUCCUCAGGAAAGCAUUCAAGCCCCACCACAUCACAUGUGACCUUACACAAAAACAAUGCUAUUUCUCCACCUUGAUACUUAAUACACAAUGUGAAUAAACUGUGAUAUGUAGGUUUGAAAAUCGACACUUAAAUUAAUUUACAAGCUUUGCACAUCCUGCCAGGCAAGGACCAGGCCAAGUGGGGCUGGGCUGCUCCCUCUGCGUCCCUGUCGCUCCCAUCCAAGAGUGUAUUUGAAGAGUGGACUGAGAUAUGUGUAGCUUUAGCGUAAAUGUCUAUAUCCCAGCUCUCAGCUGGGUACCAGAUAUGUUUCCACAGUGAAAGUAAUGUCCGGUAGGGACAGUCCCGACCCAAGCCGUCGCCUCAGAAUGUGGCGAGCAGAGGAAAAUGCCACAGUAUAGGAAAAUGAUGAUGCAGAUACAGAUUUUUGAUAUUUAAUUUGAAAGUUUACAUUUUUUAUGCUUGUGUUGGUGUGUAAUUUUUGUACCAUCGGUGGCUAGUUUUUGUCUAAAAUCUUUUUUGGAAUAUUGCUUAAUGUUUUGAUUUUAUGAUAGUGAAGCUUGUAUUCAGUGUUUUGCCAACUAAUAUUAUAUGCUUGUAAUAAAAGCAGAAGAAAAAUGACUAAAAAUCUCCCAGGCUGAAACUUCAUUAUAUAGAAUAUUUUUAGGAACUUAAGUCAAUCUCGUGGAAUACAAUUGGCCCUCUAUUCACAUAUGCUGCAUUCAGAGAUUCAGCCAAUCAUGGAUUGAAAAUAUUUAGGGAAAAAUUCAUUUGAACUGAAAAUUAUACUUUUUUCUUGUCAUUCUUUAAAUCAUACACCAUAACAACUGCAG